AUGGACGCAGGUGUGCCAAAAAGGCCGACAUCACCAGACGAGGCGCCCUCAUUGCUGGCUGGUCGGCGGCUGCUGAUCGCCAACCGUGGUGAGGGCGCCGCGCGCGUACUACGCACAGCUAAGGCAUGCGGCAUGUAUGUUCUAUGCAUCUACGCGCAAGAGGACGAGAGGAACGGCUACCUGUUGCAGGCAGACAAGGCAGUCCGAAUCGAAAACUCUGAUAAAGUAAGGUCGCCAUAUUUAGACAUACAACAAAUCAUUAAUAUUGCUGUUGUUAACUCAAUUGAUACGCUCCACCCUGUGUACGGAUAUUUAUCGGAAACGCCCGAACUCGUUGAGGCGUGUCAAGCCAACAAUAUAACCUUUGUGGGUCCCACAGCUGUUAAUAUGCGAUCCUUCGCCCUGAAAGACGUUGCGAGAUCCAUCGCCAAGGCUGCGUGUAUACCUAUCAUUGAAGGCUCUGGGCUUUUAACUUCAGUCGAGCAGGCGCUAGAAGUGGCAAACACUGUUGGCUAUCCCGUCAUCAUCAAAGGUACUGCAGCAGGCGGUGGUAUAGCACAUACUAUCUGUACACACCCAGAGGAGCUCCCAAAUGCUUUCAACAUAGUAAAGCAAAUGGCGAAGAACCAUUUCGGGAAUGACGGUCUUUUUCUGGAGAAAUACAUACGCAACGCACGACACAUCGAAACACAAAUUUUCGGCUUCGGCAAAACAGCUUGCGUUGUCGGCACGCGGGAGUGCAGUAUCCAACGGCGACAUCAGAAAAUCAUCGAGGAGUGUCCUAGUCCGUACCUAAAGCAACACACAGACGCGGAAAAACAGCUUGCACACUAUGCGACAGAGCUUGCCACAUCAGUGGAGUACUGGAAUGCGGGUACGGUCGAAUGGCUUUUUGACAGUGACUCGGAUGAAUACUACUUUCUCGAAGUCAACACUCGUCUUCAGGUUGAGCACGUUGUAACAGAGCAGGUGUUUGACAUUGACCUGGUUGAGUGGCAGUUGCGUUCUGCGGCUGACAAGAUGUGGCGUCCAAGUCAUUUGAAGGACAAGGGAACCUUGCGUGAAAGCGGUUGCUCCAUCGAGUGUCGCCUGAACACUGAAGAUCCACUGAAGGCUUACACGCCUUCUGUCGGUGAAAUAGAAAGCGUCUCCUUUCCUGAAGAGGCCGAUGGCUUCCGUCUUGAAAACUACAUCGAAAACGGCACUGCGAUCAGUGGCAAGUUCGACCCCAUGGUAUCUAAGCUGAUUGCCACUGGCAAGGAUCGGGCAGAGGCGAUACAGCGCAUGAUAGCAAUUGUUAAGCAGACAGCAGUGUAUGGCGUUCAAACUAACUUGGAGCAGUUGAAUGCAAUCUUGGAAUCACACGAAUUUCAGAUGGGCUUCAUGCAGACAAGCUUUCUCAAGACCUUUCAGUACACCAGCAAAGCGGUGGAAGUUGUUUCGCCUGGGUUCUACUCAUCAAUUCAAGACUGCGGCCGACCCGGCUACUGGAAGAUAGGAAUCCCACCGAGUGGAGCAUACGACUCGCUGAAUUCCAACAUUGCUAACGCAAUUCUGUCCAACUCCAAUGACGCACCAGUACUAGAAAUGACACUGAGUGGAGCUGAUCUGAAAUUCCAUUCGCCCAGUGUGAUAUGUCUUACAGGUGGAAGAGUGGACGCGACGUUGAACGACGCGCAAAUCAACAUGUACACUGAGAUGGUAGUACCUCAAGGAAGCGUGCUGAGAAUCGGCAAGCUGAGAACGGGACUGAGAUGCUAUUUGGCAGUUCAAGGUGGAUUUCGUACUGCCAAAUAUCUGGGAAGCAGCAGUGCGUUUCCACUAGGUGGUCUUGGACGAACGCUGAAAGUGGCCGACUAUCUAUGGCUACAAGAUAAGGCUGAUGGCAGCGUCCCAAUCCCUAAGCCGACACCAGCUGAUAUACUCCGCUUCAGCCAUCCAGACCAGAUGAAGGACAACUGGAAACUGAAAUGCAUGAUUGGGCCUUUCGCGAGUGAAGAAUAUGUAUCAGAGUCCUCUAUGAGCCAGUUCUUCAACGAAACCUACGAGGUUCACUUCAACUCCAACCGGCUGGGGAUUCGUCUAAUGGGUAAGUCACUCACAUGGACUCGGGAGUCUGGAGGAACAGCCGGCUUACAUCCGAGUAAUCUCCACGACUAUGUCUACCAAAUCGGCUCUCUAAAUUUCACCGGCGACACUCCUAUCAUCAUCGGAGUCGACGGACCCAGUCUGGGAGGCUUUGUAACAAAUAUCACAGUCAUCAAAGCUGAACUUUGGAAGAUCGGUCAGCUCAAAACAGGCGACAAGGUUCGCUUCCAGCCUGUGACAUAUGCUGAAGCCGUAAGGAUUCGUGCCAUCCAAGAUAAGCUUAUCAGCGACAUAUACUGCAAGGCAGAUACAGAUGAACCGGAGCAAAGUAGCGUUCUGGACAUUGCAAAUGCAGGUGGAAUUCUGAAGACCAUCCCAGCCGAUGUGGAGACAGGACAGCCAAGAGUGGAGUACCGCUGCCAGGGCGACAUGAGUGUACUGGUGCAGUACGGCGACGACCAACUGUCCAUUCCCAACCGCUUCCGUAUAGAAAAGCUCAUCAACGCCAUCAAGGCCAAAGGCGAGAUCAUGAUUACGGAGCUUUGUCCGGGAAUCCGCUCCCUGCAGGUGAACUAUGAGUCCCAGAAAUUGCAUGUGAGUGACCUUCUGCACAUGUUAACCUGCAUAGAAGCUGAGUUGAACGAAAUCGCUACGCCGUGCCUGCCGUCACGCGUUGUACACUUACCACUGUCAUUCGACGACCCAUGCGUAGAAACUGCUAUCAAAAAAUACACGAAAAGUGUCUGCAAGAACCAGCUGACAAAACCUUACCUGCCGUCCAAUAUUGACUUCAUAUGUCGAAUGAACGGCCUAGAGGGAGGCCCUGCUGAAGUGAAGCGCAUCCUGUUGGAGAGCAACUACCUGGUGCUGGGUCUGGGCGACGUGUACAUGUCCAGUGUGGCGGCAGUACCGGUGGACCCGCGCCAUCGUCUCAUCACCAGCAAGUACAACCCGGCUCGCACGUGGACGCAGGACGGCACGAUCGGGAUCGGAGGCAGCUACCUCUGCUCCUACGGCAUCUCGUCACCUGGCGGCUACCAGCUGGUGGGACGGUCUCUGGGGGUUUUCCAGAAACAUCCGAAACACGCCGUCUUCGGGCAAAACCCAUGGUUUAUGCGUUGCUUUGACCAGAUCCGUUUCUAUGAUUGUACGGCGGAGGAGCUGGUGCGGCUGAGGCGGGAGUUUGAGUGUGGCACUCUGGACCUGCGGGUGGAAGAUGUAACAUUUGACCUGAGGGAUUACCUAGCCUUCAUCGAAGAGCACAAAGAUUCAAUUGAAUUAUUCCGUGAACGACAACAAACAUAUCUCGACAAAGAGGUGAAGUUGUGGCAAAGCCAGGGGUUUAUUGGCAGUAAUACAAUGACGAGUGAUGUAGAAGAACAGAAAGAUGACGAUUAUGAGCUUGGCCAAGGAGAAGAAUUUGUAAUGGCACAAAGCGGAGGCAGCAUUUGGAAAAUAAGUACACAAGAAGGGUGUCAUCUGAAGAAGGGCGAUACUAUGCUUGUUGUAGAAGUGAUGAAGAUGGAACUCCCACUUACAGCGGCUUUUGACUGCCAGAUCAAGUGCGUUUUUGUGACAGAAGGUCUAAAUGUCCGUACGGGGGACAACUUGUUCGUCGUCUUGAGAAUUUAA